AAAAUACACAGUGGGGGUUGAGAUCUUUAAAGCACACUCAGCACACUGUAGGUUGACAUGUCUGACAGAAUCUUUACUCUUCUCCUUUCUCUGACACUUCAAGAUGUAUGCACUGGAUUCCAGGUGUGGACAUUAUUGCAGUACAACUGGAAAGAUAUCAACUCAGUCAAUAUCAUAUGCCAACAUAAUGCACUGGAACACUGGACUAUUGGUGCCAGUGUGUUAAUUAAUGGCAAGAAGGUGUGCAACACAGACAAAAACAGCACAGCAUGUGAAGGGAGAAAAGAAAGAAACCAGUUCAAUUUUACACUGAAAAUUACUGAUGAGGAAAAAGGACUUCCAUAUAAUUGUAUGGUUUACAGAAGCACCCCACUCCCCAUCCAAGUGAGAACGGGAGAACAAAUUAAGCUGUUGCCAGGAUGUGAUAUUCUACCUCCGAUACCUACAAACUCAUGCAGCUGCUUGGAUGUGGACAAUGAUUGCCCUCAUGCUACUUUAACCAGUUUACUCACCUGGGCGCUGCUUGGACUUGUGCUUCUCUACAGUUUGAUUAUUACUGCUUUUUAUAUCAAACUAAGGAUCAAGUUUUCUGAAGAGCUUACCAUAACCUAUGUUCCAAUGCAGAAAAAUUGGGUCAGACCCAAGAAGAAAGUGAAAGCACACGGAGCAGACAAGAAUGCAGAAUACAUGGACAUGCGUGAGGUGCAUCAGCAAGCACAACCCAUCAGAGACGUGAACCACAACUCUCGCUUGAAUCCUGUGGGCUCUAAUGUCUGAUCUUCCUGUGUUUAUGCAUAUGAGUAUCGGCUUUAAUAAUAAUACAGUAGAGAAAACUGUAGUCUACAUUGCAUUCAUCUGAAAAAGGAAAAAAACAACAGUGUAAUCCAUGUCUUUAGGACUUUGCGACACUACUUGCAAAUCCAGCAAUCAAGCAGCUCAAUUAAAUAUUGUAUUGUCUUUAAUCUAGAUAAAAAGCACAAUUUAUAAACAUAUGUUUGCUAUACCUAAUGCUUGUACCUUUGCUAUCUUGCUCCUAGGUGGAUACUGUUUAUACAGCAAAUGCUGUAUGUUAUAUUUUGGUGUUUUUCAUAAAAAUAUAAAAAGCA